UAUUGUAGGACAAUGAAAAGGUAUGUGAGACGGAACUUUUCCAAAGGGUUGAUGUUCGGCGCCGCAAUCCUGGUGGUCUGGUUCUUCUUUUUGCAAAUCACAAAUAACGAGAAAACAUUAUCCUUCCCAGAUCUUUUAAAUUUUUCUUAUCAAGACGAAAACAUCCAACCCAAACCAUUUUUGGUUGUUCCAAAUUUGAAGCAUGACAGACAAUCUGCGAGAAACAUUGUUGUCGUGGUUUUGAGUAAGGCGUCCAACAUUUUACAAAGGCAAACCAUACGACAGACAUGGGGAAAUCAAGACAUGCAAAUAAAAUACAACUUCAGUGUGUACUUUGUGGUCGGUAAAGAAGAACGAGAUAUCAACGAAAGGGGAGAUAUAGUACAAGUGGAUGUCGUGGAAGAUUACUACAAUUUAACAGACAAAACAUGCGCAGCUUUCAACUGGGUGACUCAGUUUUGUCGUGAAGCACGUUACUUUUUUAAAGUCGACGAUGAUGUCUUUUUAGACCUCGACUUUCUUAUACAAAUCCAAACUGAUUCCACUUAUCUUCCAGAUGACACUAUUCUUGGUUCAUGCCAGCUAACAGCAUCUCCGGAAAGAAAAUGGACCAAAUGGCAAGUUUCUUACGGAGAAUAUCCCUUUAAAACAUACCCGCCAUUUUGUAAUGGUCCUGGAUAUAUGAUGACGUUGAGCACUGCACACAAAGUAUACGUCGAAAUGACGAAAACAAGAACAUUCAAACUUGAAGAUGUUUACGUAGGAAUAGUUGCAUAUAAGCUUGGGUUGUCGAUAAAACAUGUUGAAAAUUUCGUGUUUAAUAUGAACAUUUACGUUUUUCCUUGGUUUCUAAAUGACCUGUUUUGUCGAUGUCAUACAAUUAUACAUUACGCUACACCAGAAAACGUUCAGCAGUUAUGGGAUGGCCGAGCAAUAAUCGGCAGGGACAAAAGUGACUGUUCCUUUUGGGGAAUAGGAAAAUUUCUUUUGACGUAGCUACCAGUAACGUCUUUAUGAGCAUUGAGGACUGUGUGAUUUUUAUGAAAAUUAAGUACGUUAGUGAUUUUGUGAAAAUUGAGGACUGUGUGAUUUUGUGAAAAUUAAGUACGUAAGUGAAUUUGUGAAAAUUGAGGACUGUGUGUUUUUGUGAAAAUUCACUUACGUGAGUGAUUUUUUGAAAGUUGAGGACUAUGUGAUUUUGUGAAAAUUAAGCACAUAAGUGAAUUUGUGAAAGUUGAGGACUAUGUGAUUUUGUGAAAAUUAAGCACAUAAGUGAAUUUGUGAAAAUUGAGGACUGUGUGAUUUUGUGAAAAAUAAGUACGUUAGUGAUUUUGUGAAAAUUGAGGACAAAGUGAUUUGGGUGAUUUUGUGAAAAUUGAGGAUUGUGUGAUGUUGUGAAAAUUAUUUACGGAGGUGAAUUUUGUGAAAAUUGAGGACGAAGUGAUUUUGUGAAAAUUAAGUACGUAAGUGAAUUUUGUGAAUAUUAAGUACGUAAGUGAAUUUCGUGAAAAUUAAGUACGUAAGUAAUUUUUUGAAAAUUAAGUACGUAAGUGAAUGUUGUGAAAAUUAAGUACGUAAGUGAAUUUUGUGAAAAUUGAGGACUGUGUAUUUUUGUAAAAAUUAAGUACGUAAGUGAUUUUUGUG